AAUCCCCAACCUCCCUUCUCCACUCUCUCCCUCCAGAUCUCGCUCGCCAUGGACCUCCUCGACGCGGGCCACCGCCACUCGUCGGAACUUCCCGCCGCCGGCGCCGACAUGGAAGGCGCUUCAGUGCUUCCGCUCUCCGGAGCUGCCUACCAGCCCUACGUCUCCGAGCUCCUUUCCUUCUCCAUCGAGCGCCUCCACAAGGAGCCGGAGCUGCUGCGGGUGGACGGAGAGCGGGUGCGGCGGCAGAUGCAGGAAGUGGCGGUGGAGAACUACGCCGCCUUUAUAGCCGCCUCCGAGGCGCUCUCCUUCGUGCGGGCACAGCUCGAGGGGUUCGACAAGCACCUCGAGGCACUGGUACAGGAGAUACCCAAUUUAACAUCUGGUUGCACCGAGUUUGUUGAGUCAGCACAUCAAAUUUUGGAAGAGAGGAAGCUCAAUCAGACAUUACUAGCCAACCACAGUACCUUGCUUGACCUGCUUGAAAUCCCACAACUUAUGGACACAUGCAUACGGAAUGGGAACUAUGAUGAGGCACUCGAUCUAGAAGCUUCUGUUAGUAAAAUUUCGAAGUUGCACCCUGAUUUACCUGUCAUCCAAGGAUUAGCUGCUGAAGUCAAGAAGACGAUACAAUCACUAAUUUCUCAGCUUCUCCAAAAGCUUCGAUCAAAUAUUCAGUUACCCGAAUGCCUCCGUAUUGUCGCACAUUUGCGCCGGAUUGGAGUGUUCAGUGAAUCAGAAUUACGCCUACAGUUCCUGAGAUGCAGGGAAGCUUGGCUUUCUGGGAUUCUUGAUGAUCUGGACCAAAGGAAUGUAUAUGAUUAUCUGAAAGGCAUGGUGUCUUGCCACAGGACACAUCUAUUUGAUGUUGUCAAUCAAUACCGAGCAAUAUUCAAUAAUGAUAAAUCUGGAAGUGAAGAGAACAGCGACGGUGGGCUGCUUUUCAGCUGGGCAAUGCACCAAGUUAGUAAUCACCUCACCACUCUUCAAGUUAUGUUGCCAAAUAUAACAGAAGGUGGGUCCCUGUCAAACAUGCUUGAAAACUGCAUGUAUUGUGCGAUGGGUCUCGGCUUGGUUGGACUGGAUUUCCGUUGCCUGCUUCCACCAAUUUUUGAAAAUGCGGUUUUAAAUUUAUUCUCGAAGAAUAUGAGUACAGCGGUUGAGAAUUUUCAGGUUGUCUUGGAUUCACAUCGUUGGGUGCUGAUGCCAUCUAUUGGCUUUGUCACAAAUGGAGCUGUGGAUGAUACUUCUGAUGAUGUGACACCACCUUCUGUUUUGAUGGAGCAUCCACCUCUCGCAGUGUUUGUUAAUGGUGUUUCGGCAGCAAUGAAUGAGCUAAAACCAUGUGCACCAUUGAGCUUGAAGCAUGUCCUUGCUCAGGAGGUGGUGAAAGGAUUGCAAGCAGUUUCUGACUCCCUAGUCAGAUACAAUGCCAUGCGGAUGCUGCGUGGAAAUGAGUCUUCCCUUUUCCUCUCACUUUGCCAGGCAUUUAUUGAGGUCGCAUAUCCUUAUUGUGCUGCAUGUUUUGGACGAUGCUACCCCAACGGAGGAGUGCUGAUCACAGAGUGCCCCAGCUUAUUGGAUGCUGUCAGCCAACUACCUAUAAGAUCAGGCUCUGGGAUCAGCAGCAUUGAUCGAAAGUCGUCAGGAGGCAUCGAAAGAAGGCAGUCCGGAGGCAUAGAAAGAAAGCAGACAGGAGGCAUCGAGAGAAAGCAGUUGGAAGGCAUCGAGAGAAGGCAGUCAGGAGGCAUUGAAAGAAGGCAGUCGAUCGAGAGUGCUGGGACUGCGGCCUCUGAGAACGGACUUGUAACCAAUGGCCCUGAGCCAGAGGUGACCAGCGACGCGGGAACCACUGCCGAACCAGCUGGUGCCGACAUGCAGACCGAUGCACCCGCAAACGCAUAGCCUGAACCGCGUUGAUGGAAUCUGUCGAAGUUCUUGUUACGUUGAGCCGUUGCUGCAAGACUAUGUUCAUCGACAGUUUGGUUCAUUAUUUUUGGUCGUGGUCUUACAGUGUACACAAGAGAGCGUUGGAUGUUAAUCUGUACAAUACACAAUUGGAAAUUUAGCUGUUCAUCUCUAGCCCAUACGUAGAUGUUGUAGACCGGAGAUUGUUUCGGACUGACAGUAAGUUGAUAAUAUGAAGCGAGUGCUCUAUGUUGUUGUUGACUGCA